CAACUGGUUUCAGAUGGGAUGCGAAUGCUCGGACUGCCACAGCUGAUGAUUCAGUAUGGGAAUCUGCUAUUCAGGGAAACAAGGAUUGGGCAAAGUAUAGAAGAAAUGGUCUCCCCAUGUGGCCAGAGUUGUUAGAGAUCUUCUCCGACUCUAGUGCCCGUGGGGAUAGAGGUCUGUCACAGGCAACAGUUGUAACUCCAACGUCAACUAACCUUGAAUUUGAUGAUGAUUUACAUGACAUUGAUAAUGAUGACAGUGAUGCUUGUACUGGGACACCCAACGGGUCAGCUCCUCCGAAGCGGCGACUUGAUAGGACUCCUACGGAUCGUAGGAGGAAGAGCCACACACGGACACUGACGAACUCCGCUGAGGACUUUAGAACCUUCGUUCGAUGGAGGAUGGAAAAGGGAUCAACCUCUGCCACCUCAGCAGUUACCCGACCAACUGACCCUAUUGUUGAUGGACCUUAUAGCAUGAUCAGCUGUCAGAAGCUACUGGACAGUUUGGAGGAUAUCCCGACUGAUUUGUAUGUGUUAGCGCAGCGUAAGAUACACAGUGACCCUGGGUGGCGCAUGUCUUUUGUUGAAGUGAGACCUGACAGGAGGCUAUGGAUGAUACAUGGCCUUAAGGAGUGAAUGGAACAGUUUUUGAAAGCAUGAAUGAACUUUGGGCGAGAGUUUUGUUUGGUUUUUAUAUGACUUGAUAUUGGCUUACACACUGAUGUCUUUUAUCGUACUAUGGUUGAUGUUGAUUUUGACUUAUGGAUGGUUUGUUUUAUCUUGAUUGCAUGUGCUUCAAAUUUCUA